ACGUGGGCGGGCCUUCACUGACUCCACAGCGCCACUUUUGAGCGCUACAUCGUCAACAACAACAGAAGUUGUCAAACAGUGGCAACGACAACCGAGCGAAGAGAGCCACGACGAUACAGCCUAAGGUCAUAUGUGGAAGGUCAAAGAUGGUUCAAGACGGUGCUCACAUUCGGCGGGGUGGUGCCCAGGACUUCAUGGCAUACUAUGACUUUGCCUGUGCCAGACAGGAGUCAGUCCCUCUCCAGGCUGUUAAGAUGAACCUCGACAAAGGGAUGCUGGACUUCAAUGGAGACAGGGUCAAACUGACAGACUGGCCCCCCAUUCUCAGCUCCAUCUGCAUCAACAAACACCUGCAACACAUUGCAAUAAGUAGCACACAUCAAGCUAGUCUGGCCUCUGGAGACGCAGAUAGAAGGUACUAUAAGUCUAGCUUCAGGAAGAGGAUCCCAGCCAUUCGCUCUAAGGACAUGACUUUUAAGUUGUGCAAGGCCCUGAGAGAGUGUCUGACUGUCUCUUCCAACCUCAAGACUCUGCAACUCAAUGGACUUCCACUGAGAGAGAGGGACCUCAUCACCUUAACAAAGGGUUUUUCAAAGAGUGUUUCCUUGGAAAACCUAUCUCUGGCUAACUGUCCAAUCUCUGAUGAAGGCUUAGAGGUCAUUUGCCAAAGUGUGAAGUAUUCUGCCAGCAUCAGGACGGUAGAUUUUACAGGAUGCAAUCUCACCUGGAGAGGGGCAGAGCAUAUGGCCAACAUCAUCAAGCAUCAGGGAAUGCAGAGGCAUGGUACCGCAUGGGCCGAGUCUCUGAGGUAUCGAAAGCCACAGUUUGAGGGAAUGGGAGGUCUCCGCCGUGUCACCCUGAACUGUAACACUUUGAUAGGGGACCGGGGUGCUGCUGCCCUAGCGCAUGAACUGGCAGAGGACCUGUGGGUUAAAGCUGUGGACCUGCAGAGGUGCGGUCUGUCCAACGAAGGAGCUCGUCGUUUGCUGGAAGCCCUGAAAACUAAUACUGCUCUUUGCGUCCUGGAUAUCCGUAGCAACCCUUUAAUCGACAAGGUCCUGAUUAAAACUAUACUAGAGAAAGUACUGAUGAAUGCUGACGGACAGUCCCCAGAGUACUGCUGGAUCAAGCCUGCAGCCUCAGAGCCACAGAGAGCUUCUGUUCCAAAGAGGCGGGCACUACCCGGCACAGUCAGAGGAAAAACUACAUUUAGGAUAGCUGCUCGUAAAGGAACAUCUCCUGGAGGACGGAGUUCAGGCGAUGCUCAGACACAGAAGCCCUAUUCUCGCUCCGGUUAUGUGCCUUGGCGCGCUGCUGCACGAGCUGAACGCCAGAGAGGUAUGCCUCCUGGAGUUUGUGUGAUAGAUCAAAGCUUUCAGGGUGCAGCUACCGUGAAGGUUACUGUGGAGUCGGGUUCAGAGGGAGAGGAGGAUGAGGAAGAUGAAGAAGUGGUGGUGGAAGUUGAGCAGAGACCACCUUCUCUGAGUCUCCAGGACAGGAUCACCGGGCGGAAGUUUGAACAUAUGCAGAUGGAGCUAAAAGAGUGUCGUCUGAGACUGGCAGAGGAGCGCAGAGCCAGACUGAGGGCUGAGUCAAGGCUCAUGGAGUAUGAGUUGGAGAAUGCCCGUCUGCGUGACACAAACUUCUCCCUGUCGGAGGCGCUUGCAGCCACCGGCUCUGCAUCAGCACCACCUGCUAUCAGUGCUCUUGAAGAUGAAGCGGUCCUGGAGAGCAUUGAGAGCUCAUUUACCAAGUUCCACGCUUUCCUGGAUCUCCUCAAGGAUGCCGGCCUUGGUCAGCUAGCUUCAAUGGCUGGAAUCGACAAGUCAGAUUUCCACCCUCCAGGAAGACCUCAGCUCUCCUCUACAGUAGGACCAUAUUUGAACGGUGCAGCAUCACUGACAGGAGGGGAGCGUGGGGAUGUUCCGGCAAAGACUGACGCGUCGUCUUCAAUAAGGGUAGGCGGCGUCCUGCCUGCUCCCCCUGGUAGACCGGCUGACACCCCAACUCCCAGACCUUCGUCCUCUGUCAGGGAGUUUUUGGGUGAAGACAGGCUUCUAGAUCUGACCUUCAAUCUGGCCUCUGGACCUGCAGGAUACCCUUGUGUUGGUGGAGAAGGGGAACCAGAUAAAUAUUCAAAGCCUGUUAGCCAGCAGGACUCAGGUUCUGAGCGCAGCUUCCGUAGCCAAAAAUACUUUGAUCAGGUUCCCUUCAGUAAAACUUUUCAGACUCCGUCCAGCCACAACAAGAGCAACAACAGCAACUCACACAGAAGCAACGGCUCCAAUGGAUACAGCUACGACAACAGCUACGCUCACAGUCAUUCCUCCCACAGCAGCGGGUCUCAUGGUGGAUUGUCCGUAAGAUCGAGUGUUAGCGACAUUAUGAGUGACAAGUCGGAAUCUGUGGGGUCGGUAGGGUCAAGGAACAGGGGAAAGGGAAGGCUAGUGACAGUCCGUCAGGCAGAGUCAGAGGGGAACACCUAUCCUGGGAGAGAGACUCUGGAGCAGAUGAGGUCUCUGGGAGGGCAGUCAGAUGAUGAAUCAUUCUGAAUCAUCCACUAGAGAAAUAGGAAUCUUAGUGCCUUCUCUGUAUAGCUAUUUCUGUUACUUCCUCUUUUUGAACUAUAGAUUUAUUUUGAAAUCUGUGGAAGAAGCAAGACCAGAAGUCUUAGCUUGAGAAGUCACUUAAACACCUUGUUGCAUCGAGCCAAAGCACAGAUAGAGUUGAUUAUCCUACUUUUUUUUUUUUUUAUUAUUAUUAUUUGAGUUAAGGAUUGAGACAAUGUGUCAAAAGAAAAGCCAUGCAAUGUAUAUUUUUGUAGUUUUGUAUUUUUCUAGUUUUGCAGACAGAAAACUUUUAUUCAGUUAAGUAUGGUAGUAGACAUAAAGGAUUUAAAGAUAACCCCACCACCAAUCAAGUCUCAAUUUAUAUUUGCAAAUCAAGUUAUCUCCAAUGUGAUCCUGUUUCAUGUGGGAACUCAUCAAACCUCAGAGAUAAAGAAUCCCAUUUUAUGGAAGCUUUUAGAAGAAAAAAAAGAAACCGCUUUGUUCAUGUGUACUGUUACUCUUUUUAUGACUGUUUGAUGCGAUGUUGUUUUAAGAAAUAUUUGAUAGAUGUGUAAUUUGUCAAUUCGCAUACAUUUCAGUAGGUUAUUCUACUGUUCCUAAUAUUUUUAAAUAAACAUGUUAAGCAAUGCACCUUAUCAGUUGGUGGAAUUGUGCCAGGAAACACUCUGGACCUGUGUCUGCUAGCUUUCCAGAUGCAUCUGCUGUUUGUUUGUUUUAUUUUGGCAGAGAAUGAACAUCAGUUCCCUUAAGAGGACCACAAUUCUUGUUUACUACAUUUUGUUGUUUAAGUUCUCUUUUGGUGCAGUGUCCUGAGAAAUGAAGAAAUGGGACCAAGGCAUGAUUUUUGUGGGCUAGAGCAGGACACAGUGUUCUGUUUGAGUAUGCUUGUUAUCCAAGUGAUUACAAGUGAGCACCGGU